AUGGGCGCCGGCCGUGGAUCAUGUCUGAACAGAACCAUUGCCUCCAUCCUCGGUAUCGCCAUCAUCGCCACCAUUGUCGCCGUCUGUGCCGUCUACAUUCCCAAAAACCACUAUCGCCACCACGACCACGACCAAGCCUUGGGCGACCCGUCCUCCCACGACUCUCCUUCUUCUUCUUCUUCUGAUGAUAACGACAAGCCCGCCCUAGACCCGGCCUCCAAAGACUCUCCCAACGAUAUCCCCGCACAUCCUGAAGAGGUCGGCAUUGAUAAUGGAAUGCCUAAAGUCACCAACAAAGAAGCCUUCAAGAAUGGUGGUGCCGCCAUCCAUCCCACCAAGACUGGUGGCAAUGAGGAUGCCAAGGAUGAAUACCAUCUGUAUAAAGGAGAGUGGACCGAGUUUCCCGGUAGUGAGGACUGGGUGAGUUUUGACGAGAUGUGGGACUCGAAUCUCCCCAGUGUGAAGACUGCUUGUAAAGAUCAUGGAUGGGGGGAUGAUAACUCAAAAGAUGAAAAUGAAAUGAUCAAAUCCCAAAUCGACUACAUCUCCAAGGCAUCUCUCAUCGACCACCGCUUCAUCCUGGCCAUCAUCCUACAAGAAUCCAAAGGAUGUCUCCGCGUCACCUCCACAGACUCCCUGCACGGCGUGCACAACCCAGGCCUGAUGCAAUCCCACAACGGAAGCUCCUACACCACCUCCGACGACGCCGACGAACGGGAAAAGAGCAUCCGACAAAUGAUUCAGGAUGGCGCCCAAGGAACCAAACAGGGCGAUGGAUUGGUACAAACGCUCAACAAAUUCGGCAACGUCUUCUCCGCUGCUCGCGGGUACAAUUCGGGAGAUGUGGGCAAGAGUGGCGAUUUGGGAGAUGCGAUUGGUAGUACGGCGUGUUAUGUCAGUGAUGUUGCCAAUCGCUUAAUGGGCUGGAUCGCGGUCGAGAGUACGUGUAGUGAGGAGGCGUUGGGGGUGGUGCAGAGUGCGGGGAAUGCGUGGCAGGCGGGAACUGCGUGGCAGGCUGGGAGUGAUGAUGAUUGGGCGGCGCCGGCGGCGAGUGAUGAUAGUUGGUCGGCGCCGGCAGAUGGAAGUGCGAGUGCGGAUGAUGGGCAGUGGAGUGCGAGUGGUGGGGACACAUCUUCCACCACCACGACUACGGGCACGACUUCGACGGGCGCGAAUUCGGAUGGCACCUAUAGUGGGGGACAUUGGGAUACCAAUGGGAACUACGUCCAGGGGGGUUCGACGAGGAGGAAGAGAGGCGUGGUGUUUAGGAGUUGA